AUAGACCAACCUCGUGGGAUCACAAACUAAACACGUCACAAGAAGUUAGAACCUUACAAUUCAAUGAGUAGAUACAUUGAACCUAGACACCUCAAUUUCAUGCCUAUAAAAACAACAUGCACUUGCCAUUUAUUUUUCAUCGACUCAUAACACAAACUCACACAUCUUUAUAAUUUGAACACUCUUUGAUAAAUGGCGCCAAGCAUUGCCAUUCCCGCCGCCGCGCAGCAAACGAAAGGCGAGGCAGCACUGAGGCGGAGGAACGAGGAGCUGGAGAGGGAGCUGAGGGAGAGCCUCGAGAGAGAGGAGAGAACGAGGGCGGAGUUGACACGAACAAUGGAGCGCCUGAUGGUGACGGAGGAGGCCGAGGAGCGCCUCUGCUCGCAGCUUGGCGAGCUCGAGGCCGAGGCCGUGGGCCAGGCCCGGGAAUACAGGGCCCGGAUUAUGGAGUUGAUGGACCAGCUUGCGGGAAUGCCUCAACAAGCAAACCUCAUUUCUCAAUGACAUUUAUUUUUCUUUUCUUCAAUUUUACGAUUCUCAAUUCUCUUUUUGAGUAAGCAACAUUUAUUUAACUAUUCUUCAAUUUUCAAUUUGUUAUAGUAAUGAUGAAUCUUAGCAAUCUAGAUUAUAGAAUAAAUAAUUCUUCAAAUAUUAGUAAUUAAAUUUUAAUCUAAAA